GAAAAAAAUGGAAAACGCGUCAGUUAUCAAUCUCCUCUCUCCCUUUCUAUCUCCGUCCCCGUGAACCCGCACCCUCCAGCCUCCCGUGCUCCACUGGCGCCCUUCUGGAACCCUCAGCCCUCCUAAUCUCAGCCGAAGUUAUUAACCUCUUUUUUUCUUAUAUAGGCCAAAUUAGUUCCCCUCCCGCGAUUCCAAGGCUUUGCUCUUCGAUCUCAGCCGCGCCGUGUUCUUCGCGGCGAGUUCGGAGCGUUGGUGCCCAAUCCGUCGAGGUUGUGAGUUGCUUCCGCUGCUGCUACUGCCGCCGCCACCGCUGGUGUUAGUGAUCUGAUCUGGUGGGCGGAUUGCGGCGCGGAGGUGGAAUUGUUUUGGCUCUGGGGAAAGCUAGCUAUGCGGAUUGAGGCGUCGCCGGAUUGAGCAUGAGGGGCGGGGCUGCUGGCGGUGGCGGUGGUAAGCGUGGCGCGGAUGAUGGGAUCGCCGGAUGGGCGGCUCGUGGAGUUGUUCGGUGCGGUGAAGUCGUGGAUGCCGCGGCGGGGCGACCACUCUCCGCCGCCCGCGUUGCAGUCGGACGCGGCGGCUGGGCAGCCGCUGCCGCAUGACUUGUCGAGGGACUUCUGGAUGCCGGACCAGAGCUGCCGCGUGUGUUACGACUGCGACGCGCAGUUCACCAUUCUGAAUCGGCGCCACCAUUGCCGGCACUGCGGCCGUGUGUUCUGCGCCCGGUGCACGGCUAACUCUGUGCCCCGCUCGCCGGGGGACGCCGCGAGGGAGGACGGCGAGAGGAUUAGGGUCUGCAAUUACUGCUUUAAGCGCUGGAUGGAGGAGGAACCCGCAGCGCGGGGGGCCGCUGCAGGGCAACAGCCGUCUAGCCCGUCUCUGUCUGCCGCUAGUGUUUGCAGUGACAAGUCCAGCUUCACUGGGACGAAUGGGCAAAUGUCGUCUUAUGCGAAUAUUAGCUACUCCGAAUUUCCGGUCCAUGGAGAGGGCAACUGCGGCGAGGAUGACGGCUAUCGUGAGGAGCAGCAGCCUGCUAUGGACCCCGCUCCAACCAUGGAGCCUGCAGCUUACGCUGAUAACUCGUCUGAUCGAUUCAACUUUUGCUUGCAGAGGAGUGACGACGAAGAUGAUGAUUACACAGUUUUCCGUUCAGAUUUGGAAGAGCAGCACAUGCAAAAUUCUGAUAAAUAUUAUGGACCUAUGUAUUUUGAUGGACAUCAUGUUAGCUGUAGUGAUGACGCAAAAGAAUCUACAUCCCCAAGGAAAAAAUUGACAACCCUAGUUGAUUCUUUGGGAGCAGAUAAGAAUGAAGAUCAUAACGUUGAUGAGUGCUGUAAUGCUCGGUCUUCUUCCAUGUAUAGCAUGGAAGUGCUAGAUAAUGAGCCCGUAGACUUUGAAAACAAUAGCUUACUUUGGGUAGCUCCAGAACCCGAGGACGGAGAGGAUGAUCACGAUGGUGAACAUGAUGAUGAUGAGGGGGUGGAUGCUACAGGAGAGUGGGGAUAUCUACGCACAAACAGCUUUGGCAGUGGGCACUGUCGAAGUAGAGAUAAGUCAGCUGAGGAACACAAGAAAGCCAUGAAAGACAUAGUUGAUGGCCACUUUCGGGCGUUAGUUUCUCAACUUCUUCAGGCUGAAAAGGUACCAUUAGUUGAUGGGAGUGGCAAAGAAAGUUGGCUAGAUAUAGUUACUUCUCUGUCUUGGGAAGCUGCAUCUCUUUUGAAGCCAGAUACCACCAGCAAAGGCGGUCAGAUGGACCCUGGUGGCUAUGUUAAGGUGAAAUGCUUAGCUUGUGGUCACCCAAGUGAAAGUUUCGUUGUAAAAGGAGUUGUUUGUAAGAAGAAUGUUGCUCACCGGCGUAUGUCAUCAAAAAAGGAAAAGCCUCCAAUCUUGAUUCUUGGUGGUGCACUCGAAUAUCAGCGUGUAUCAAAUUUGCUUUCAAGUUUUGAUACUUUACUGCAGCAGGAAACAGAUUAUUUGAAAAUGGCUGUUGCGAAGAUCAAAGCACACCAACCAAGUGUUGUAUUGGUAGAGAAAUCUGUGUCUCGUUAUGCUCAGGAUUUAUUUCUAGAGAAAAAUAUCUCCCUUGUUCUGAAUAUCAAAAGGCCACUGCUGGAAAGGAUAUCACGUUGCACUGGUGCUCAUAUAGUUCCCUCAAUUGAUUGUUUGUCAUCCGAGAAGCUUGGACGCUGUGAUUUAUUCCAUGUAGAGAAGUAUGUUGAAGAGCAUGGAACCGCUGGGGAAGGUGGGAAGAAAAUGCUGAAGAACCUCAUGUUUUUUGAAGGCUGUCCCAAACCGUUCGGUUGUACAAUCUUGCUUAAAGGUGCUAAUGGUGAUGAGCUAAAAAAGGUGAAGCAUGUUUUGCAAUAUGGAGUAUUUGCAGCCUACCAUUUGGCACUUGAAACAUCAUUCCUUGUGGAUGAAGGUGCAACUCUUCCAGAACUCCCUUUGAAGUCGCCAAUUAUUGUAGCUUUUCCAGACAAACCUUCCAGUGCUGAUAGAUCUAUCUCGACAAUACCUAUCAUACCAAUCCCUAGUGCUUCACCGCCAAACAGUUGCCUGCAAGCAUUUGGCUUGCAAAAUGAUGAUCUGACAUUUGAUGGCACUAAACGAAUGGAACAAACAGCAUUGGGAGUUCCUUAUGAACAAACAGCAUCUGUUCAGAUCAAUAGCCAAAAUGGACAUAUUACCGGUUUUCUGGAUAUGGUCCCUCAAUCAUCUGUUGGUCCCUUGUUUCAGCAGUCGGACAUUCACUGUCCUGAUGGUACUGGAGGUGUGAACAGAAAAAUGAAUUUACAAGGCAGCCUACCUGGAACCACUAGAAAUGUGUUGGUUAAUGACUUUAGCCAUAGUGUAUCUACUGCUCAUCCGACAAAUUUGGUGUCAGCUAAGGGUGACGGUUCACUUGCCAAGAAUCCUGAGAUUGGUGACAAGAUAGCAGAUAAGCCGGCUGCCCCUCUCAACGUACAGAUUUCUCAUGACGAUGAGAGCAUAAAGAAUAAUUCAGUUGCAAAAACAGAUGAAAUUCCAGCAUCUCCAGCAGAAAAUCAGAGUAUAUUAGUUUCUUUAUCCUCUCGUUGCGUUUGGAAAGAGAGUCUGUGUGAGCGGCCACACCUUCUUCGCAUAAAAUAUUAUGGUAACUUUGACAGACCUUUAGGCAGGUUUUUGCGUGACCAGCUAUUUGAUCAGAGCAAGCUUUGCCAAUCUUGUGAGCUACCACCAGAGGCCCAUGUUUAUUGCUAUGUACAUCCCCAAGGCAGUUUAACAAUAUCAGUAAGGAAACUUUCAAUAAAGUUGCCUGGCAAUGGUGAAAAUGAUGGUAGAAUUUGGAUGUGGCAUAGAUGCUUACGCUGCCCUCGAGUCAAUGGGCUCCCUCCAGCAACUAAAAGAGUAGUGAUGUCUGAUGCUGCUUGGGGUUUGUCUUUUGGAAAAUUUUUGGAACUUAGUUUUUCAAACCAUGCGGCAGCAAGUAGGGUUGCCAGCUGUGGUCAUUCACUUCACAGGGAUUGCCUUCGCUUUUACGGCUUCGGUGAAAUGGUUGCUUGCUUCCGAUAUGCAUCAAUUAGAGUCCACUCUGUGUAUUUACCACCACCAAAACUUGAUUUUACUUCUGAGCAUCAGGAAUGGGUAGAAGAAGAAGCAAAAGAGGUGGAUGACUCAGCUGAACUUCUGUUCUCUGAAGUUCUGAACGCACUCCACAAAAUUUCAGGAGGAAGGCCAAUUACAGGUUCUUUUGAUGGCAACUUGAAGAUUCUUGAGUUGAGAAGAAAUAUUGGAGAACUGGAAGAGAUCCUGGUGGCAGAGAAGACUGACUUUAUGGAGUCAUUAAAGAAUCUACUGAAAACGGAUAUGAGAAAGGAACAGCCGUUCAUUGAUAUUCUUGAUGUCAACAAACUAAGGAGGCACUUAUUAUUUCUGUGUUACUUGUGGGAUCAACGGCUGAAAUUCAUUGCAAAUUCAGGUGGCAAGUACUGUGAUGCACUAGCUGGUUUACGGAUUGGGAGUGGGAAUUCUGAUUUUAAUGGUAAACCAGUUGGUGCAGCCCCAAAGCUAGAGAAGGGCUCAAAGGCUACAGUUCUUUCAAUUGCUAAGGAAGGGUCGUUACAACAGAGCUCUUGUCCAUCUCAUGGUGAAGAUGAGGGGUUCAACCAAGCCAAUGAAUAUAAUGAAAAUAUCUCAAGGAAUGCUGCAGAAUUGAGCGGCACUGAAGAUUCCAUUGCAAAAAUCAAUCAUGCUACCAGUGCAGAUGUUAAGGAUCGACUGGAUAACCAAGAAUCCAGAACUGGUGUACGCAGGGUUGUUUCUGAUGGACAAUUUCCAGUUGCUACUGACAUUCCAGACACAUUGGAUGCAAAAUGGAGAGGUCAGAAUGAACCUGCUCCUGAUUCAAACUUGGCAAAACCACCACUUUCAGUCGAAGACACAACAGUUGAUGUUAAAAGUCAAGCCAAGGCUGUGCAUACUUUUACUUUCACUGUUCGUUCUGGAGAUGCAGCAGAGGAAUUACUUAGAUGGAUUAAGAUGCCAUACAUGACAUCAAACAGUUCCUUAAACACAACUUCUAGUUCACCACUGAGAUUCACUUCCUUGGCAGAGUACAUUCCUAAAUACGUCGAGUUGUUUUGUGAUCUAUCACAGAAAGGUGGAGCAAGACUUUUCUUACCUACUGGAGCUAAUGACAUUGUUAUUCCUGUAUUUGAUGAUGAGCCAACAAGUGUUAUUUCGUACGCACUUGUUUCACCCAUGUACUGCUUCCAGUUGUCUGAUGACAGCAGCAAAAAUAGAGACAAGGAGUCUUCACUUCCAUUGCCUGUAUAUGAUUCAGGAAAUUUUAAUCCAUUUCAUUUGUUUGAGGAAUUUGGAUCCCACUACGAUGUUACUUCAUCAGUGUCUGGAGUUAGAGGAUCCUUUGCUCCUGAUCAGGUGCACUUGAGUGUUUCUUUUGAAGAUGGUGGGCCACUUGGGAAAGUCAAAUAUAAUGUCACAUGCUACUAUGCAAAAAAGUUUGAAGCACUAAGAAGGUCUUGCUGUCCAUCUGAGCUUGAUUUUUUUAGAUCCAUUAGUCGAUGUAAAAAAUGGGGAGCACAGGGUGGUAAAAGCAAUGUGUUUUUUGCAAAAUCUUUGGAUGAUAGAUUUAUAAUAAAACAAGUUACAAAGACAGAGCUUGAAUCAUUCCUUAAGUUUGGCACUGAAUAUUUUAAAUAUCUGUCAGAGUCCAUAAGCACUGGAAGCCCUACAUGCUUAGCAAAAAUUUUGGGGAUCUAUCAGGUUACUAGUAAGCAUGUAAAGGGUGGCAAGGAGUCAAAGAUGGAUUUGCUUGUGAUGGAAAAUCUUUUGUUUGGACGGAAUAUUACCAGGCUCUAUGAUCUAAAGGGAUCUUCAAGGUCAAGGUAUAAUGCAGAUUCAAAUGGUAGCAACAAGGUUCUUCUUGACCAGAACUUAAUUGAAGCAAUGCCAACUUCACCGAUUUUUGUUGGGAACAAGGCAAAGCGGCUACUGGAAAGAGCUGUUUGGAACGAUACAUCUUUCCUAGCUGGAAUCGAUGUGAUGGACUAUUCCUUGCUUGUGGGAGUCGACGAGGAGAAACAUGAACUGGUCUUAGGAAUUAUUGAUUUUAUGAGGCAGUAUACAUGGGACAAGCACCUUGAAACAUGGGUAAAAUCUUCUGGCAUUCUAGGUGGGCCGAAGAACGCUUCUCCAACUGUCAUUUCACCUAUGCAAUAUAAGAAGCGGUUCAGGAAAGCCAUGUCUGCUUAUUUUAUUGUCAUUCCUGAGCAAUGGAUGCCUGCAAUAAUCAAUCCAAGCAAAUCAUCAUCAAAUAUUUGCCAAGAAGAUUCUCAAAAUGGGUCUCAAGAGUGAUAUGAUGUUCGAUAAGUCCGGUUUUUUGUCCUGUCCUGUCGUGAAAAGUUCUGAACUGCUAGUCUGGCGCAAUGCCUUGGCUGCUACUGUUGCGUCAAAGUGAUAUUCUGGCUGACCGCAUUCUCUUGUGCUAAUUGGCACAGGUCCGAUUGCAUCAUUGAGUCCCUCAAGCAUCGGAUGUGUAUAUUCCCAAAGAUGUAAUUAUGCCCUAGUCGUAGUUUUCCCCCCUUCAAUAAAUCAGUUCCAUAGUAUCAUCACUUGUGUCGUCGUCGCUUAAUUUUUGUUGUAUGUAUAGAACUAGCAGGACGCUUGUUUUUGUGGUCGUUUUGUAUAUUA